AUGUUGUUCAGGUUUCUGGUUUUCCAAGUGAACGUGAAGAUCCAAGGACCACUAGAAAAGGAUAAACAGCUGAUAGUUUGCCAGAGCAAGAUGUCGAAGAGAUCCAAGUCACUCCCACCGUCUGUAAUGUCAGUCGAAGUUGUCGAAGAAAUCUUCGAGCAACUGAAGGGAUUAAGCCCCCAGGAACAGGCUAUAAUCCGUCCAGUGCUGGAACGUGAUCUCGAGUUCCAGAGAAGGGAGAAGGCGAGAGUACGACAACUACGAUCCAUGGUCGAUAUGCAUCUAAUCGACCAGAUGCCACCUGCGCCAAUGUCAGCGAGAAGAAAAUCGGGGUAUGGUUUGAUGAACAGCGUAUCUUCUGAAAGUAUGAUGAGUGUGUGUUCAUUGCGGAGCAACAUGCAAGCGUUGCCGGGAUCAGUGGACCAACCGAGCGGCCGUGUAUGUUUUCACUGUCAAAGCAGACUUGGACUCAUUUUUAAUGCCGGCACCAAAUGCGCAAAAUGUGGAUGUCUUCUCUGUAAUGAAUGCCGUCGCGGAACACCGCGUUCAAAGUGGCUCUGUCAAAACUGUCAUGCGAAAAGAGAGCUGAUGGCAGCAUCCGGAGAAUGGGUGGAUGCUGGUGAUCCUGCAGAGAUCUCGGAAGUACUGCUAGCACAAAUGAGAAGGGCGGCUAUGGAAAAAGAGUUGAAAGAAAAGGAAAAUGAGAUUAAUGGACAGACGAAGACUCCUAUGCUUUCGAAAAGGAAUCUUACUCUACCAACAAUAGCCACACCAAGUUUGUUGGCCGUUCCAUCAGAUUCGGAGGGUAACAUCAGCAGUCGUCGGACAGUGUCCGCGUCAGACAAAUUCUGGGGAGGAAGUCCGUCUCCAAGAACUCCACAAGGAGGUUUUGCUGGUGCACCAAACUACAACAUCACACCAUCUCCAGACGCUCUCGUGGCCGAACACUACAUUGUCAGGGAACGCAUUGGUAGCCCAGCUCCCCGUUCCCCACCGUCCUUCAUGUCACCAAAUUCACCGAUAUCUCCGAUCACAGCAACAAGCCCACCAGCUACCGAAGUUGCUCCACCGACGCCUACGUCACCAAAUCAGAUGACAUCCCCAAAGACUGGCCCUCGGCGUAUGGCUUAUGCGAAUUCAAAAAGUAGCAGAGCAAGCAUCACAAUCGACAGUGACAAACUAUUGCAACCAGUUGACAAUCGACGUCCAUUGAGAAGACAAUGGACUAAUCCAGCAGAAGAACAAGAUCAAUGUCCGAAACCUUGCAUGGAUGCCGCUCGUCCAUCCUCUCACCACAGAGCUCAAUCAACAGGUUACGUGCCACAGCUACCGCCACCACCGAGAAACGAACAGUACACUUCCCGCGUCGUCACAUCGUCAAAUCCCGACAUGCGACAACAAAUCCCGACGAGAACUGCGGUCAAGGUCGAUCAACGUGCGAACAACAACUCAGGAAGAAUGCCAGACUGGCAGGCGACAGCAGCAGUAGCAGCUUCAAAGCCUGUUCAUGACACUUCGGUACGCCGUCAACGACCUCAGUCGCAAGGCCCUAUCACGGUUAGGAAGAUGAAAGUUCAAACACACGAUCAUCUUGACGUCUCCAGUAGCGAAUCACGUCGAUCGUCUGGAAAUUCAUUGCCGCCAUCUAGAUCGGCUAGCCAAGAGGCAAGACUUCAUACAAGAAUGGAUGAUAGCAAGCGCAUAGCAAAGAGUAGCCCAUCAAUAGUAGCAAAAGAUGAAUCAAAUAAGCAAGCAACGGAAUUGCAAGUAGCAAAUAAGCAAAGAGGAUCGAAAUCAGUUCCAGACUUACCACCACCUCCGCGCAAAUUAGCAAUAGUACCGAAUCAUAGAUCACCAAGUGUACCAACAACCGUUCUUCAUGUCUCAAAAACUCCCAUAUCUGUUCGUCAGCGAUCACCAAGUCCAAUUCGUAAAGUUUCAAAUCCACCAACAGAACGGCAAUCAUCAAAAGUGUCAUCGACAGGAGAAAAUGAUCAUCAAGUACCCCUACCAACACCAGGACACAAACUAUCAAUAUCACCCAAUCAUAAAAUAUCAACUACAUCAACAACCAGCCGACAGCCACCAAUGUCACCAAAUCACCAAAGCCCCAAAUCACCAACGGGACAUCAACCAACAAGAAUGCCAUCGGAAGGACUUAAGCUAUCAAUAGCAAAAGAUAGCAUUGCUGUCUAUAGCAACAGAGCAGUGAAGCCAGCAACUGGACAACAGCCAUCAAAAAUACCAAACAAAGAAAAUCAGCCGACGAAAGAACUAGCAAAUGGAACCAGUCAACAUCAUACAUGUUCCCAUUGUGGUCACACUACAAGCACUCUGCAGAAGCAAGGAGGUCGCGUCAUCACGCCAGCCAGUAGCCGCGAUUCUCUUUCGGUUGCCUCAUACGCCACAGAGACGUCAACGGACGGUUGUACCAAAGCAAGUGUCGCGUCUCAAGCGUCCUCACAAGCGGCAACAUUCCUCGGCGAAGUGCAACUUAUUCUCAGCUACGAUAUUAGAUCCGCUUGCUUCUGUGUGCAUAUAAUUCAGUGCCGAUCAUUGCCUCAUUUUGGAAGUCAUAAACCAAAUCCAUACGUAAAGGUAGUGUUAAUAGCCCGUGACACUGGCGUCGCAGUCUUGAAGAACAAGACGACACCUCGCAAAGGAGAAGCAGAUCCCGUAUUUGAUCAGAUUUUGAAGUUCCCGCGCAUAACAAAGUCUGAAUUGGAGCAGUACUACCUGUUGCUAAGUGUUUGGCAUAAAGAUCUUCUCGCACAAAACGCACCUAUUGGAGAGGCGUCGAUAAGCCUCCGUGACUACGACUGGGACUCACCUUGUCCCUUGUGGUAUCAACUGGAAGGGAAGAUGGUCGGAAAUUCCUCCGGAUCCAUGUCCAUGGAAACCAGCGAAAGCGAGCGUGCACAUUCGCCUGACGUUCUCGCUUUGGGACCGCGAACGACGGAUCGGCCCACUGUCCCUGCUUCUACGAGACGUACGAUUUUCCGAAAUGCCUCCACAAAUUCUAGCACAUCGUCACGCAACUCUCGUGGCGUCCGCAAAGCUGUACUUCAACGAAAAGCGGAUGGAGCAGAGGAGGAGCGAGAACCGAAAAAGGUUGCAAGCAGAAAGUCAGUGGAACUGGAGCACGACAUUCCCUCGCCUAAAUCUAAACGAUCUACAUCUAAGGAGUCUGAAAUUGAAGAUCAGGCUACAGACUGGACCAUUUGGAUAUAAAUCUAUCGGUAUGCUGACGUUGAAUGAUUAUGAACAUAGACGGGGAAGAAGUCUCUCGCAACCAUGUUGCUGUGUUUAUUGCUCGCCUUGGAAAAAACUUAUUGAUAAUCCAUCUGUUCCUGUUGAAGUUGAAUUACCGUUGACUAUAAUAAAUAAAUAGUCG